AUGGCGUCGGUGGUGCCCACUCUGCCGGACUUCGAUGACAUCAUCGAUGACAACGAGGACGACGACGAUGACGACGAUGACGAUGACGAUGAGGAGGCGACGACGCCCGCCCCCGCAGGAGAUGCCACGGCAGGCAAGGAUGAGGAUGACGCCGAGGAAGAGGAAGAGGAGACCACCACCGUGUAUCAGCCGCUGCCAGAGGACGCGAACUGCUCGAAACCAGAUGCCCAGUGCGGCGGACAGUGGUUCUAUGGCACUACUUGCUGCUGGCAUGGCUACGAAUGCUUUCAGGUGAACCAGUACUUCUCCCAGUGCGUGACCGCUGCCAAGGCUGAGGAGCUUGCCAACUUGGCCACCGAGACCACCACCACCACGACCACCACCAACGAGGACCCCAUGAAUUGCCAGCUGGGAUUCCAGCAAUGCGGGGGCUACGACGAGGAUACGAAGACCAAUUGGACGGGGAAGCCCUGCUGCUACGCCGGCUUCACCUGUGCGGAGAAAAGCGCCUUCUUCUCCCAGUGCAAGCCAACAGACAAGAACAGCUCAUUCCUGCCUUACGAGCCGACAAAAGCACUGGAGGAGCCCAGCGAUGCGCCGCUCUAUACCUUCUACGUGUACCGCGCCGCCUCUGAGAACGACGACUUUGUGGAGAACAUCAACGUGGGAAACUUGGCGGGCACCUUGUGGUAUCUCCACAACGAGGUGGUGUGGGUGCGCCCUCGGAAGUUCAACAUCGACAAGAUCAUCCGCUACAAGAUCACCACGAAGGCGACGACGCCUCUGAAGGAGCUGGGCAUGAACUUCGGGGUGCGCUUCUCCUUCGACACCGCGAUGUGCACCGGGCCCUGGAACUGCGAGCUGAACUUCGAGAAGUAUGGGUACUUCGUUGGUUGCAACAACCUUGGCAUGUUCCCCUUCCCGACCUACGACACCCACUAUCCCGAGGCGAAGUGGUUCUCCCUGCCCGGGCAAUGCCCCACCAAGGCAUGGGAGGAGAAGGAUGCGAACUGCACCAAGCUGCAGCCCGGGGGCCGCUGUGACACACCCACCGGUCAGGGCAACUGCACCUACAGCAUCGAGGAGGUGGGAUCCCUGACUCUGGACGAGAUCGAGGGCCUGACCAGCUACCAUGACUUUAUCCACACAGGCGGCGUGGAGUUCAACAAGACCUUGGACAACGGCACGGGCCUGACCUUUUGGAACAACUUGAACGACACCGAGAAGAACGUCGAGCGCGUGGAGAAGGUCUCCAAGAUGUUCGAAGAGAAGUUCCCCGACCAGCCCAAGGAGGACAAGAUGGAGGCUCCCAAGUGCGACUUUGACUUUGAGAAGUUCUAUGGCGAGCCAUUGCCGACGACUACAACUACCACGACUGUGUCCACGUCCGCCGUGGCCACUGAGGCAGCAACAGCUGGGGCGGCCGCGACCGAGGCCGCCACAACUGAGGAAGCCACAACUGAGGAAGCCACGACUGAGGCAGCCACGACCGAGGCAGCCACAACUGAGGCUGCUACAACUGAGGCUGCGACAACUGAGGCAGCCACGACUGAGGCUGCGACAACUGAGGCAGCCACGACUGAGGCAGCCACGACUGAGGCCGCCACAACUGAGUCCACCACAACUGAGGCCGCCACAACCGCAGCAGCCACAACUGUGGCAGCCACAACUAAGGCUGCUAAACCAGUCGCUGCAGUGCCGGCCACCCCGACCACCAUGACUACCACUCCCUAUGGCUGCGAGGACGCGGUGCUGGGCAGCCACUGCUACUCCGCGGUGACCUGGGCCAUGGAGCACGGCUUGAAGCUGCACCCCACCUGGUAUCCUGGCUUGACAGCCACCUCCUCCUUCUCCGACUUCCAGGCGCGGGUGCACCACGUGCACCCCAAGGACUGCCCAGUGCCGUGCACGAAGAAAGCGGGGUGCCACACGCCCAAGAAGGGCGAGUCCUGCCACUCCGCGGUGCUUUGGGCCAUGGAGCAUGGCAUCACCCUGCACCCCUCCUGGUACCCCGGCCUCACCAAGGCGUCCAGCUUUGACGAGUUCCAGGUCCAUCGUUCCCACCCGGCCAUCUUCGGGGUCUUCCCCGUGCCCGAGGAGAGCGACGAGGAUGGGAACUUCCAGUGGGAUCCGGCAACGAAGGUCUUUACAGUCGUCAACGGUAAGCCCUAUCCCUGCUUCACGUAUCUUACCUUUCUUCGGAUGCAUGUCCGAGAUCGAAAUGGCCAGCGAUUUGAAGUAGGCCUGACGCGCUCAGAUGCCGGGCUCGAGGAGAUGGCUUUGACCUUUGUGGUGGUGGCAGACCCCAUGACCGCAGUUCGCCUGGGAGCCACGGAGGCGCCGCCCACCGACGGCUUCUUUGCCAUUGGGCUGGAGAGGCUCACAGUGGCUCCUGCAGUGCCGCCUUUGGUUUCCCAGGACCCCUCGGGCUUCGGCUUCCCGCUGCCGGAAGAGUUCGGGCCCUACCUCUGCACCCAAGGCGUGGGUGGGCACCUCACCCACUUCUUCCCGGAAAGCUACCACGCCAUCGACUUCCGUUGCGCCAAUCACACUCCGGUGCUGUCCAUCGGUGACGGAGUGGUCAAGGAAAUCGCCGAGUCCCACAAGUGCGGGGGCAUCCAUGCGGCCCAUCUCGCCGUCUGGAACUCCAUCUCGGUGCUUCUGGCCUCGGGUAUUGUCGUUGAGUAUUUGCACACCUUGCCGGGAUCUGCUCGAGUGAAGGUGGGCGAGGAGGUGCGGCGGGGCCAAGUGCUCUGCGAGAGCGGGGACAUCGGCUUCGCGCCCGAGCCGCACCUGCACGUGGAGCUCCACACGUUGGAGGAGCCAGAGGGCCCCACGCUGCCGCUGAGCUUCGGGCACGGCGACGCAAGUUUUGUGCCGGUUGCCGGCGGCUGGUACACCCCUGCAGGGGAGGUGCCAGCCCCGGGCGACGCCAAGCUCGGCCGCGUCGUCUCCAAGUCCCGGAAGAGCGCGCGCCAGAAGCGCCUGCAGAGGCCCAGCCAGAGUUCUGAGGCGUCCUUGUCCAGCGCAACUCGGCGCGUCACCGUGCGCUUCUGUGAGGAGGGCCAGGUCUGGAGCAAGGCCUUCGAUGUGGCCUCCGAAGCACCCGUCAGACAGCUCAAGGCAUCGAUGCUCAGCCCCAGCGGCAGCGACGAGGACAUCGAUUCCUUCGAGCUCAGGCGGCUGGGCCGGCGGGUGCCGGACUUCGCCAAGAUCUUCCAGGACUGCGAGCUCGACUUUGAGUAUUUGGGCCACCACGUCGGCAGGGAGAAGGCGUACCGGGACCGAGCGGAUGAGCACCGAUGGGAUUCGCUGCAGCUGCCGCAGCAGGAGCCGCCAGCUCGGGACAGAUUUCGGCCACCUGCGCGCAUGCAGGCGCGGCCAGCACCGGCCGCGCAGACAAAAGAGGAGGCCUUCUUCCGUGGGCAGCCGGCGCCGCGGCCAGCACACGCCACCGCCAAGGGCCCCGGGCCGCCGCCUGCGAAGCGCUGGGAGGUCAUCGGCGGCGCGGACAAGGGAGGCAUCUUGGUGCGGGAGGGCCAGUCCACGACCUCCAAGCAGCUGGCAGACCGGCUGUCCACAGGUGCCCUGGUCGAGGAGUUGGACCUCCGGGGCGAGCGCCUGCAGUUCAAGAGGCUGACGGGCACUGGCCCAGAGACAGGCUGGGUGAGUCUCAGUGUCUCCGGCAAGGAGAUCGUGAAGCCCCGGAUACCAUCCCCGGAGGAGAUGUUGACGCUUGACAAGGCGCUCUCCUUGCAGGAAGAGCUGAUGGAAGGCUUCAACAAGCCAGAGUUUCAGCGGACUUUGGCUCAGAUCAUCAAAGAGCAUCCCACCAAGUCCGGCACCGACUUCUUGCGGAAGCGCACGGAGCUCUUCCUUACGGUGCAGGGCGUUGUGCUGCCAAGGUAUGGCUUCGAGGGCACUCCCAAGGGAGUUGUCCAGAUGAUGUCCUCCUUUGCUCCGCAUGGUCACAGCCCGGAGGUGGCCUGGAACAACGAUCAGAUGACCAAGCUGCUUCAGAUGUGA